AUGUCCAGUGAGGUGCAGCCCAGCUCAAGGCCGGACGAUAGUCCCAACACCAGUGGGGGCAGCUGGGACGUGGAGCAGAGAGAGGUGGCCCCACCGGUUCAGGGUCAGGAGAGGGAGAGGGAUCAGACAACACCCAAGAAGAAAGAGCCCAAGAUAUCCAGCAAGACCGCUGCCAAGCUCUCCACCAGCGCCAAGAGGUAGAUCUGCAAUUCUCUCUAUUCUAUUCUGUCCAUGUAGAUUGUGUAAUAAAGUGUCCUUGAUGGUCUUGUUCAAAUACAAUAUGCAGGUAGUGCAUUUAUGUUUUUUGUGGAAUUUCUUUGGAAUACAGCUCAAGCUCAACAAUGGACUAUCCAGAAUACUGAGUGUACAAAACAUUAAGAACACCUGCUCUUUUCAUGACAUAGACUGACCAGGUGAAUCCAGGUGAAAGCUAUGAUCUCUUAUUGAUGUCACUUGUUAAAUCCACUUCAAUCAGUGUAGAUGAAGUGGAGGAGACAGGUUAAAGAAGGAUUUUUAAGCCUUGAGACAAUUGAGACAUGGAUUGUGUAUGUGUACCAUUCAGAAUGGUGAAUGGGCAAGACAAAGGUUUAAGUGCCUUUUGAACAGGGUAUGGUAGUAAGUGCCAGAUGCACCGGUUUGUGUCAAGAACUACAACGCUGCUGGGUUUUCACGCUCAACAGUUUACUGUGUGGAUCAAGAAUGGUCCACCACCCGAAGGACAUCCAGCCAACUUGACACAACUGUGGGAAGCAUUGGAGUCAACAUGGGCCAGCAUCCCUGUGGAACGCUUCCGCCACCUUCCACAGGGGUCCAUGCCCCGAUGAAUUGAGGCAACUCAAUAUUAGGAAGGUGUUCUUAAUGUUUUGUACAAUCAGUGUACUUGCACCAUUCCGAGCCAAGAAUGUAAUUUGCAGUAUAAUACGGAGAUGAUAUUGACUCAGAUGCACCUUAAAGCAGUGGGUUUAUUAUAACCAUCAAUGGGUUAUUAUGAAAUGCAAUGAUCUGAGGGACAUUAGAGAAAAACAAAGUGUUUGUGUCACAGAGAGAGAGCCCAUGGAUGAGUGAACGUGAGAGAGGGAGUCCUGCAUGUUCUGUAAUUGGUCCAUUUCCCCCUGGAUUCCCUCGUUCAUUCCUCCUUCCAUCCGCUCUUAACAGCCUGCAGCCUUACCACGUAAAAUGUGCCACCUCAGUAGAAAAUACUGUAGAUAAAAUUACAGAGCGUAUCAUGCAUUUAAGCCUGGGAACGACUUACUCCAUAACCGCAGUGAUUGUAUUACAGUUAUACAGCCCCUGCCUGUAGGGAAUAGUAGGCCCCAAUGAUUUACCCUCAGUCUCCUCUCAUCAUUAAUCAGAGAGUUUAUUAUCAAUACAAGCGCACACAGAGGAGAGGAAGGGAUCGUUUGUUCUACUCUUCCCUCGCUCGCUCCCUGAGGUGUGGUGCCUGCCUGUCAGCACUCCUCUGUGUGUGUGUGUGUGUGUGUGUGUGUGUGUGUGUGUGUGUGUGUGUGUGUGUGUGUGUGUGUGUGUGUGUGUGUGUGUGUGUGUGCGUGUGCGCGCGUGCAUGUGUGCACUCCUCCGUGCCGUGGCAUUUGGAGAGUACCGAGGGAACGAGCCGACAGGGAUGACAGGUGAAAUGAACAAAAGGACCACCUGAGGUUCUCUCCCGCUCUGAGCGGUGGUGGUGGUGAACGGUGGGUUGCCAUUUCUAUUGAUGUUGUGAUGCUUCCCUGUCUCCUGUUAUUGAAAGGCUGCUUGUCGUUGUCCUCCACCAUGGCCGCAGCUGACUGUUUGUAUUGCUCAUCUAACAGAUAGUGUAAUCAGUUGUUGUGAACAUUGUGAAUAGAUGAUUUAGGGCCAGGGGCUGUAUGUAUGAAGUGUCUCAGACUAGGAUUUAGAUCAGCACUCCUACUCUGAGACCCUUGCUACAUUCAGAACCAAGUUCAUAUCUCAAUCUGUAGGGUUAUGAUUAUUCAUUUUGUUCCGUUCCACUGUUCUGACCAGCAAAAUAAAGUUCUGAAUCAGUUCAAACCCCAAAAAUGUAACAGUUUAUAUCAUUCCUUUCUGUUCCUUUUUAAACCUCUGAAGUCAAUUUUUUUUUUAACAUUUAGCUCAACAUUAAAUGACUUCACCAAUCAGUGUGGAUAGAGCAGCUUACUAUGGAGCGGGCAAGCUAUAACUAGUUGUAUACAUGCAUUGGACAGACAAGUGUAGGGCCCGAGAUGCAACUGAAAUGUUGUGGGUGGUGAGAGAGGGUGGAGGAGGAGGCUUGGCUUGAAGCGCUGGGCAUCUUGUUAUGACAUGCAUUAUCUUUAUUAGGCCCACAGAAGUAUACCUACAGAGGAGGGCUUCUAGGAGGGAACUUUGAAUGUCUUUGAACUUCCCGAGAGUUGGCUUAACGUUGGACCAGAGCUAGCUAGCUAACAAGCUUGUGUGUGCAGAGCGUCACCAGAAUUUAAGUAAAAACACGGCUUACCUAUUUAUAGUUAAUAAAUCCAAUGUGAAACGUUAUAACUAUAGUAUCCUUAACUAACAUUGAAAAAGUGAAUUCAUUCUUCUCUAAUUAAAAAUCUCUCCCUAAUUUCUGAGGCUACAGUAGCCUAUGCUUCGGAGGGGGGAGGGGCAGGUAGCCUAAACACACACACACACUGGCAAAGAUCUCCAGCUGGCAGGUAGACACUGGAAUACGCUUCUGAGUGACAGAGGGAGGGCUUUGCAUAGGCGCUUUGUUGCGUUUUUUAGGGGGACUGGAAAAAAGUGCCCUGAACGUAAAAUAACAUUAUUAACCUUUUCCCAUGCUUUUAAAAUAACGGUUCUGUUCCGGAACAGUAUAGAUCACUUUCGUUCCUGGUUCUGAUUCUGCCCAUCUAAAAAUGUUGUUAUUUUCCAGUUUUUGGUUCUGUUCCAACCCCUUGGAGAGUAGCCUAUUGUCAGUAUUGGCUCAGUGUGAGUGGAAUAUUGCAGCCUUAAUGGACGGUGAGGUAACAGAUUGUAAGAAAAAAUGCACCUGCCUGUUGAAAUCUUCAGAGCAAAUCACUGCCCUGAUCCCGUCUACUCACUAAACUAAACCACUGUUUAUUUAUGUAUUCUUCUAAAAAUACUUCCAACAGGUAGGGAGAGAGGGAGGGGGAAGGGAGAGAGAGAGGUAGGGGGAGAGGGAAGGAAAGAAGAGGAGGGAAAGAGAGGGGGAGAGUAGGGGAGAGAGAGGAGAGAGGGACUAAAUCAAAAUCAGAUUUAGUUCACCCUGAGUCAUUAAAAUCCUUAUCUCAAUCUGCCUCGAUGUAUUUGUCCAGAAAGCAGAUAUGACUAUUUUACCUAGCAAGGCCUGUCUGACGUCAAUGUCAAUUUACACAGGCCCAUGAAACUAGGUGAGGAAUUCAACAGUGCAUCCCAAUGUUGAUAUAGCCUGACAGGACGUAUUCCUGUAUUCAAUCACAACUCUAGGAGCUCAUUAAGACAUCAAUGAGUUAUUCAGUGUGUACACUUACAGAUUGAUUUUAUUGGCAGGAUUUAUAUAACACACUAGCUAGUCUGUGUCUGCGUCUGCGUGUGUAUCGUAUUACACAGCCUCAGUUCGUCGGGGCAUGGACUCUACAAGGGGUCGAAAGCGUUCCACAGGGAUCCUGGCCCAUGUUGACUCCAAUGCUUCCCACAGUUGUGUCAAGUUGGCUGGAUGUGCUUUGGUUGGUUGACCAUUCUUGGGAAACCCAGCAGUGUUGCAGUUAUUGACACAAACCAGUGCACCUGGCACAUACUACCAUACCCGGUUCAAACGGCACUUAAAUCUUCUGUCUUGCCCAUAGUCCAUGUCUCAAUUGUCUCAAGGCUUAAAAAUCAUUCAUUAACCUGUCUCCUCCCCUUCAUCUACACUGAUUUGAAGUGGAUUUAACAAGUGACAUCAAUAAGGGAUCAUAGCUUUCACCUGGAUUCACCUUGUCAGUCUGUACACUCAGUAUAUAAUCUGUGUGUGAUGUUUGUGUAUAAAAUGGAUGUGUGCAUAACAUGUGUGUUCCACCUCUUUCCCCAGGAUUCAGAAGGAGCUGGCUGAGAUAACCUUGGACCCGCCACCUAACUGCAGGUAGGAGCUUGUUGAUUGGCUGUUUUAUGACUGUCUGUGUGUGUGUGUGUGUGUGUGUGUGUGUGUGUACGUGUGUGAGCCUGUUUUAUGUGUUUGUGACACUUGAGGCACUCUGUCUGUCUGUGCUGUGCAUGACAUAGAAGGAAAGGGGAUUGUGAAGGGCCUGUGCUGUGUUGGCUGAGUCAGUCAGAUGAAUGGUAUACAGAUAGAUACAUUAUUGUAGUGCUGCCUACAUUUACAAUGCGGUUUUUCUGUCUGUUAGGCUGACUGUGAGAUGAAUAUACACUACAUGACCAAAAGUAUGUGGACACCUGCUCGUCAAACUUCUCAUUCCAAAAUCAUGGGCAUUAAUAUGGAGUUGGUCCCCCCUUUGCUGUUAUAACAGCCUCUACUCUUCUGGUAAGUCUUUCCAAUAGAUGUUGGAACAUUGCUGCGGGGACUUGUUCCAUUCACCCAUGAGCAUUAGUGAGGUUGGGCACUGAUGUUGGGCGAUUAGGCCUGGCUCGCAGUCGGCUUUCCAAUUCAUCCCAAAGGUAUUCAAUGGGGUUGAGGUCUCUGUGCAGGCCAGUCAAGUUCUUCCACACCGAUCUUGACAAACCAUUUCUGUAUGGACCUCACUUUGUGCAUGGGGGCAUUGUCAUGCUGAAAUAGGAAAGGGCCUUCCCCAAACUGUUGCCACAAAGUUGGAAGCACAGAAUCGUCUAAAAUGUAAUCGUAUGCUGUAGCGUUAAGAUUUCCCUUCACUGGAACUAAGGGACCUAGCCUGAACCAUGAAAAACAGCCCCAGACCAUUAUUCCUCCUCCACCAAACUUUACAGUCGGCACUACGCGUUGGGGCAGGUAGAGUGCUCCUGGCAUCCGCCAAACCCAGAUUCUUCCGUCGGACUCCCAGAUGGUAAAGUGUGAUUCAUCACUCCAGAGAACGUGUUUCCACUGCUCCAGAGUCCAAUGGCGGCGAGCUGUGCGGCUGCUCGACCAUGGAAACACAUUUUAUUUCAAGAAGCUCCCGAUCGGUAGUGAGUGUUGCAACCGAGGACAGACUAUUUUUACGCGCUCGCGCUUCAGCACUCGCUGGUCCUGUUCUGUGAGCUUGUGGGGCCUACCACUUCGCGGUUGAGCCGUUGUUGCUCCUAGACGUUUCCACAUCACAAUAACAGAACUUACAGUUGACCGGGGCAGCUCUAGCAGGGCAAGAAUUUGAUGAAUUGACUUAUUGGAAAGGUGGCAUCGUAUGACGGUGCCAUGUUGAAAGUCCCUGAGCUCUUCAGUAAGGCCAUUCUACUGCCAAUGUUUGUCUAUGGAGAUUCCAUGGCUGUAUGGGUAUGGCAAUGGGUAUGGCUGAAAUAGCAGAAUCCACUGAUAGUUUUUUAAGGGGUGUCCACAUACUUAUAUAUAUAUAUAUAUAUAUAUACAUACAUACAUACAUACAUACAUACAUACAUACAUACAUACAUACAUACAUACAUACAUACAUACAUACAUACAUACAGUGCCUUCGGAAAGUAUUCAGACCCCUUGACCUUUUCCACAUUUCGUUACGUUACAGCCUUAUUCUAAAAUUGAUUAAAAAAAAUAAAAAAUCCUUAGCAAUCUACACACAAUACCCCAUAAUGACAAAGCGAAAACAGGUUUUUUAGAAAUGUUUGCAAUUUUAUAAAAAUCUGAAAAACCUUAUUUACAUAAGUAUUCAUUGAGACUCGAAAUUGAGUUUCCAUUGAUCAUCCUUAAGAUGUUUCUACAACUUAAUUGGAGUCCACCUGUGGUAAAUUCAAUUGAUUGGACAUGAUUUGGAAAGGCACACAACUGUCUAUAAAAGGUCCCACAGUUGACAGUGCAUGUCACAGCAAAAACCAAGCCAUGAGGUCGAAGGAAUUGUCCUUAGAUAUGGAGAAGGGUACCAAAACAUUUCUGCAGCAUUGAAGGUCCCCAAGAACACAGUGCCCUCCAUCAUUCUUUAAUGGAAGAAGUUUGGAACCAUCAAGACUCUUCCUAGAGCUGGCCACCCGGCCAAACUGAGCAAUCGGGGGAGAAGGGCCUUGGUCAGGGAGGUGACCAAGAACCAGAUGGUCACUUUGACAGAGCUCUAGAGUUCCUCUGUGGAGAUGGGAGAACCUUCCAGAAGGACAACCAUCUCUGCAGCACUCCACCAAUCAGGCCUUUAUGGUAGAGUGGCCAGACGGAAGCCACUCCUCAGUAAAAGGCACAUGACAGCCUGCUUGGAGUUUGCCAAAAGGCACCUAAAGACUCUCAGACCAUGAGAAACAAAUAAAAUAAAAUAAAAUGUUAUUUGUCACAUACACGUGUUUAGCAGAUGUUAUAGCGGGUGUAGCGAAAUGCUUGUGCUUCUAGCUCCGACAGUGCAGUAAUAUCUAACAAGUAAUAUCUAACAAUUUCACAACAUAUACCCAAUACACACAAAACUAGUAAGGAAUGGGAUUUAAGAAUAUAUACAUAUAUGGACAAGCAAUGACAGAGCGGCAUGGACUAAGAGACCAUAGAAUAUUAUAGAAUAGAAUGCAGUAUAUACAUAUGAGAUGAGUAGUGCAAGAUAUGUAAACAUUAUUAAAGUGACUAGUGUUCCAUUUCUUAAAGUGGCCAGUGAUUUCAAUAGGCAGCAGCAGCCUCUAAUUUGCUAGUGAUGGCUAUUUAACAGUCUGAUGGCCUUGAGAUAGAAGCUGUUUUUCAUUCUCUCAGUCCCAGCUUUGAUGCACCUGUACUGACCUCGCCUUCUGGAUGAUAGCGGGGUGAACAGGCAGUGGCUCGGGUGGUUGAUGUCCUUGAUGAUCUACAAGAUUCUCUGGUCUGAUGAAACCAAGAUUGAACUCUUUGGCCUGAAUGCCAAGCGUUGUGUCUGGAGGAAACCUGGCACCAUCCCUACGGUGAAGCAUGGUGGUGGCAGCAUCAUGCUAUGGGGAUGUUUUUCAGCGGCAGUGACUGGGAGACUAGUCAGGAUCGAGGCAAAGAUGAACGGAGCAAAGUACAGAGAGACCCUUGAUGAAAACCUGCUCCAGAGUGCUCAGGACCUCAGACUGGGGCCAAGGUUCACCUUCCAACAGGACAACGACCCUAAGCACACAGCCAAGACAACUCGGGAGUGGCUUCGGGACAAUUCUCUGAAUGUCCUUGAGUGGCCCAGCCAGAGCCCGGACUUGAAUCUCUGGAGAGACCUGAAAAUAGCUGUGCAGCGACACUCCCCAUCCAACCUGACAGAGCUUGAGAGGAUCUGCAGAGAAGAAUGGGAAAACUCCCCAAAUACAGGUGUGCCAGGCUUGUAGCGUCAUACCCAAGAAGACUCAAGGCUGUAGUCGCUGCCGAAGGUGCUUCAACAAAGUACUGAGUAAAGGAUCUGAAUACUUAUGUAAAUGUGAUAUUUCCGGGUGUUUUGAAUUAUACAUUUGCAAAACAUUCUAAAAACCAGUUUUUGCUUUGUCACUAUGUUUUUUUUUUUUUUUUGUAAUUUAGCAGACGCUCUUAUCCAGAGCGAUUUACGGGAGCAAUUAGGAUUAAGUGCCUUGCUCAAGGGCAUAUCGACAGCUUUUUCAACUAGCCGGCUCGGGGAUUAGAACCUGCGACCUUUCGGUUACUGGCACAACGCUCUUAACCACUAAGCUACCUGCCGUAUUGUGUGUAGAUUGAUGAGGGGGGGAAAAAACAAUUUAAUUCAUUUUAGAAUAAGGCUGUAACGUAACAAAAUGUGGAAAAAUAUUAGAAGUCUGAAUACUAUCAGAGCUGUCUGAGUUGUGAGUCACAGCAAGAGUAGAAAGAGAAGUGAUUGACCUGAUUGGCCAGUGUUAUCACUACUGGGAUCAAUCUAGUAAUGUUGCUUGCCCGUUGCUGUAUUUGCUCCGACUCCCGCGGCUGGGAAAGGCACUCGUUCACCUUUUCAAUGCACACAAACACUGGCUAAGCAAUUAUAGUUUAUUUUACACUAAGUUAUAGUGGUGGGGGUGCCACGAUGCUAAAACACACGCCUGUCAAUCAAGGGUUUCUGUGUGUUUUCAUUGUGUGGGUCUUUGGUGAGUCAGCGUUUGUUGUCGGAGAGACUGACGCCUUGGGGAGGUAAAGUGUGUGUGUGUGUAUGUGUGUGUAUGUAAGAGAGGGAGAGAGAAGUGUUUGUAUGAGCUGAAAAAAGUUAAAGGUGUGGGUGAUUGAGAUAAAAUAUACUUCAUGACUAAAAACACUCCCGUCACGGUUUUAAAACUAUUUCUCCCCAGUUAGUGUGUUUGUUAUACCUCUCUUAGCGUGAGGUGUAGCCCUCGGCCCCAGCUAUAGAUAAUCUCAAUGAAGCAUGCUAUUAUAUUCACUGACAAAGGGCCAAAGGGAGAGGGGGAAAAGAGAUUUCAUGGGGAGACAUUUGUAUUGAAAAUGACAUUUGUAUGAAAAUGGGUUAUUUGAAUGAUGUCCAUUCUGAAAGCAGUUUCAUGACGAAUGGAUUCACUUCGGCGUCAGGCAGCGGCAGGUUGGUCACCUCAGAAAGGUGUGUGGGUGUGUGUGAGAGCUAUGAGUGAAGAAUUGGCCACAGACUGCUGCUGGGGUAUCUUUCAGUACAGAGCACUGUGAGGAAGAGCUCUCACACAUUUGAAUUGUAGAUUUCUGUAUUGAAUCCCUUCGGGGUGUUUUGUUCAUUCUUACAGAAUCCCUUUGGGGUGUUUUGUUCAUUCUUACAGAAACAGGCCCAAGCUCCCCUCCAAGUCUUCUAUAAACCCAUGUGGGGUUUUCUAGUGUUUGGUUUGUAAAUGUUGACACAACAAAAUAACAUUUCAAUAUGUAUUUUGUGAGAUAAAAGCAAUGAGUGUGAUUUAAUAUUUUUCAUACUUUUGGCCAUGUAGUGUAUGUCAACACCUGCUCGUAGAACUUCUCAUUCCAAAAUCAUGGCCAUUAAUAUGGAAUUGGUCCCCCCUUUUCUGCUAUAACAGCCUCCACUCUUCUGGGAAGGCUUUCCAUUAGAUGUUGGAACAUUGCUGCUGGGACUUGCUUCCAUUCAGCCACAAGUGCUUUAGUGAGGUCGGGCUCUGAUGUUGGGUGAUUAGGCCUGGCUCGCAGUCUGUGUUCCAAUUCAUCCCAAAGGUGUUUGAUGGGGUUGAGGUCAGGGCUCUGUGCAGGCCAGUCAAGUUCUUCCACACCGAUCUCCACAAACCAUUUCUGUAUGGACCUUGCAUUGUGCACGGGGCCAUUGUAAUGCUGAAACAGGAAAAGGCCUUCCCCAAAUUGUUGCCACAAAGUUGAAAGCACAUAAUUGUCUAAAAUGUAAUUGUAUGCUGUAGUGUUAAGAUUUCCCUUCAGUGGAACUAAGGGGCAUAGCCUGAACCAUGAAACGCAAUCCCAGACCAUUAUUCCUCCUCCACCAAACUUUACAGUUGGCACUAUGCAUUCGGGCAGGUAGCGUUCUCCUGGCAUCCGCCAAACCCAGAUUCAUCAGUCGGACUGCCAGAUGGUGAAGCGUGAUUCAUCACUCCAGAGAACGCAUUUCCACUGCUCCAGAGUCCAAUGGCGGCGAGCUUUACACCACUCCAGCCGACGCUUGGCAUUGCGCAUGGUGAUCUUAGGCUUGUGCUCGGCCAUGGAAACCCAUUUCAUGACGCUUCUGACAAACAGUUAUUGUGCUGACGUUGCUUCCAGAGGCAGUUUGGAACUCUGUAGUGAGUGUUGCAACCGAGGACAGACUAUAUUUACGCGCUUCAGCACUCGCCCCGGUUCUGUUCUGUGAGCUGGUGUGGCCUACCACUUUGCAGCGGAGCCGUUGUUGCUCCUAGACGUUCCCACUUCACUAUAACAGCACUUACAGUUGACCAGGGCAGCUCUAGCAGGGCAGAAAUUUGACAAACUGACUUGUUGGAAAGGUGGCAUCCUAUGACGGUGCCGCGUUAAAAGUCACUGAGCUCUUCAGUACGGGCCAUUCUUUGAAUAUGACAGAAUACAAACAGUGUAGCUACUCACUCCGUAAGGCAAUUAAACUGGCGAAACGUCAGUAUAGAGACAAAGUGGAGUCGCAAUUCAACGGCUCAGACACGAGACGUAUGUGGCAGGGUCUACAGACAAUCAAGGACUACAAAAGGAAAACCAGCCACGUCGCCGACACUGACGUCUCGCUUCCAGACAAGCUAAACACCUUCUUCGCCCGCUUUGAGGAUAACACAGUGCCACCGACGAGGCCCACUACCAAGGACUGUGGCCUCUCCUUCUCCAUGGCCGAUGUGAGUAAGACAUUUAAGCAUGUUAACCCCCGCAAGUCUGCCGGCCCAGACGGUAUCCCUAGCCGCGUCCUCAGAGCAUGCACAGAUCAGCUGGCUGGUGUGUUUACGGACAUAUUCAAUCUCUCCCUUUCCCAGUCUGCUGUCCCCACAUGCUUCAAGAUGGCCACCAUUGUUCCUGUACCCAAGAAAGCAAAGGUAACUGAACUAAAUGACUAUCGCCCCGUAGCACUCAGUCAAGGAUCAUAUCACCUCUACCUUACCUGUCACCCUAGACCCACUUCAAUUUGCUUACUGCCCCAAUAGAUCCACAGACGAUGCAAUCGCCAUCACACUGCAUACUGCCCUAUCCCAUCUGGACAAAAGGAAUACCUAUGUAAGAAUGCUGUUCAUUGACUAUAGCUCAGCAUUCAACACCAUAGUACCCUCCAAGCUCAUCAUUAAGCUUGAGGCCCUGGGUCUGAACCCCGCCCUGUGCAACUGUGUCCUGGACUUCCUGACGGUCUGCCCCCAGGUGGUGAAGGUAGGAAACAACAUCUCCACUUCGCUGAUCCUCAACACUGAGUGCGUGCUCCGCCCCCUCCUACAGUGGGGAGAACAAGUAUUUGAUACACUGCCGAUUUUGCAGGUUUUCCUACUUACAAAGCAUGUAGAGGUCUGUAAUUUUUAUCAUAGGUACACUUCAACUGUGAGAGACGGAAUCUAAAACAAAAAUCCAGAAAAUCACAUUGUAUGAUUUGUAAGUAAUUAAUUUGCAUUUUAUUGCAUGACAUAAGUAUUUGAUACAUCAGAAAAGCAGAACUUAAUAUUUGGUACAGAAACCUUUGUUUGCAAUUACAGAGAUCAUACGUUUCCUGUAGGUCUUGACCAGGUUUGCACACACUGCAGCAGGGAUUUUGGCCCACUCCUCCAUACAGACCUUCUCCAGAUCCUUCAGGUUUCGGGGCUGUCGCUGGGCAAUACGGACUUUCAGCUCCUUCCAAAGAUUUUCUAUUGGGUUCAGGUCUGGAGACUGGCUAGGCCACUCCAGGACCUUGAGAUGCUUCUUACGGAGCCACUCCUUAGUUGCCCUGGCUGUGUGUAUCGGGUCGUUGUCAUGCUGGAAGACCCAGCCACGACUCAUCUUCAAUGCUCUUACUGAGGGAAGGAGGUUGUUGGCCAAGAUCUCGCGAUACAUGGCCCCAUCCAUCCUCCCCUCAAUACGGUGCAGUCGUCCUGUCCCCUUUGCAGAAAAGCAUCCCCAAAGAAUUAUGUUUCCACCUCCAUGCUUCACGGUUGGGAUGGUGUUCUUGGGGUUGUACUCAUCCUUCUUCUUCCUCCAAACACGACGAGUGGAGUUUAGACCAAAAAGCUCUAUUUUUGUCUCAUCAGACCACAUGACCUUCUCCCAUUCCUCCUCUGGAUCAUCCAGAUGGUCAUUGGCAAACUUCAGACGGGCCUGGACAUGCGCUGGCUUGAGCAGGGGGACCUUGCGUGCACUGCAGGAUUUUAAUCCAUGACGGCGUAGUGUGUUACUAAUGGUUUUCUUUGAGACUGUGGUCCCAGCUCUCUUCAGGUCAUUGACCAGGUCCUGCCGUGUAGUUCUGGGCUGAUCCCUCACCUUCCUCAUGAUCAUUGAUGCCCCAUGAGGUGAAAUCUUGCAUGGAGCCCCAGACCGAGGGUGAUUGACCGUCAUCUUGAACUUCUUCCAUUUUAUAAUAAUUGCGCCAACAGUUGUUGCCUUCUCACCAAGCUGCUUGCCUAUUGUCCUGUAGCCCAUCCCAGCCUUGUGCAGGUCUACAAUUUUAUCCCUGAUGUCCUUACACAGCUUUCUGGUCUUGGCCAUUGUGGAGAGGUUGGAGACUGUUUGAGUGUGUGGACAGGUGUCUUUUAUACAGGUAACGAGUUCAAACAGGUGCAGUUAAUACAGGUAAUGAGUGGAGAACAGGAGGGCUUCUUAAAGAAAAACUAACAGGUCUGUGAGAGCCGGAAUUCUUACUGGUUGGUAGGUGAUGAAAUACUUAUGUCAUGCAAUAAAAUGCAAAAUAAUUACUUAAAAAUCAUACAAUGUGAUUUUCUGGAUUUUUGUUUUAGAUUCCGUCUCUCACAGUUGAAGUGUACCUAUGAUAAAAAUUACAGUCCUCUACAUGCUUUGUAAGUAGGAAAACCUGCAAAAUCUGCAGUGUAUCAAAUACUUGUUCUCCCCACUGUAUACUCCCUGUUCACCCAUGACUGCGUGGCAAAGCACGCCUCCAACUCAAUCAUCAAGUUUGCAGAUGACACAACAGUAGUAGGCUUGAUUACCAAUAAUGAUGAGACAGCCUACAGGGAGGAGGUGAGGGCUCUGGGAGUGUGGUGCCAGGAAAAUAACCUCUCACUCAACGUCAACAAAACAAAGGAGAUGAUCAUUGACUUCAGGAAACAGCAGAGGGUGCACCCCCCUAUCCACAUCGACGGGACCGCAGUGGAGAAGGUGGAAAGCUUCAAGUUCCUUGGCGUACACAUCACUGACAAACUGAAAUGGUCCACCCACGCAGACAGUGUGGUGAAGAAGGCGCAACAGAGCCUCUUCAACCUCAGGAGGCGGAAAAUAUUUGGCUUGGCACCUAAAACCCUCACAAACCUUUACAGAUGCACAAUUGAGAGCAUCCUGUCGAGUUGUAUCACCGCCUGGUACGGCAACUGCACCGCCGCAACCGCAGGGCUCUCCAGAGAGUGGUGCGGUCUGCCGAUCGCAUUACCAGGGGCAAACUACCCGCCCUCCAGGACACCUACAGCACCUGAUGUCACAGGAAGGCCAAAAAGAUCAUCAAGGACAUCAACCACCCGAGCCACUGCCUGUUCACUCCGCUAUCAUCCAGAAGGCGAGGUCAGUACAGGUGCAUCAAAGCUGGGACCGAGAGAAUGAAAAACAGCUUCUAUCUCAAGGCCAUCCGACUGUUAAAUAGCCAUCACUAGCACAUUAGAGGCUGCUGCUGCCUAUUUGAAAUCACUGGCCACUUUAAGAAAUGGAACUCUAGUCACUUUAAUAAUGUUUACAUAUCUUGCACUACUCGUCUCAUAUGUAUAUACUGUAUUCUAUAAUAUUCUACUGUAUCUUAGUCCAUGCCGCUCUGUCAUUGCUUGUCCAUAUAUGUACACUACCAUUCAAAAGUUUGGGGUGACUUAGAAAUGCCCUUGUUUUCGAAAGAAAAGCAAAUUGAUCAGAAAUACAGUGUAGACAUUCUUAAUGUUGUAAAUGGCUCUUGUAGCUGGAAACGGCAGAUUUUUAAUGGAAUAUCUACAUAGGCAUACAGAGGCCCAUUAUUUACAUUUUACAUUUUAGUCAUUUAGCAGACACUCUUAUCCAGAGCGACUUGCAGUUAGUGAGUGCACACAUUCAUACUGGCCCCCCAUGGGAAACGAACCCACAACCCUGGCAUUGCAAGCGCCAUGCUCUACCAACUGAGCUACAGGGGAGCAACUGGCAGCUUCAUUAAAUAGUACCCGCAAAACACCAGUCUCAACGUCAACAGUGAAGAGGCGACUCCGGGAUGCUGACCUUCUAGGCAGAGUUGCAAAGCAAAAGCCAUAUCUCAGACUGCCCAUCUUAAUCUUUUAUUUUUAUUGGCCAGUCUGAGAUAUGGCUUUUUCUUUGCAACUCUGCCUAGAAGGUCAGCAUCCCAGAGUCGCAUCUUCACUGUUGACGUUGAGACUAGUGUUUUGCGGGUACUAUUUAAUGAAGCUGCCAGUUGAGGACCUGUGAGGCGCCUGUUUCUCGAACUAGACACUAAUGUAUUUGUCCUCUUGCUCAGUUGUGCAUCGGGGCCUCCCACUCCUCUUUCUAUUCUAGUUAGAGCCAGUUUGCGCUGUUCUGUGAAGGGAGUAGUACACAGCGUUGUACGAGAUCUUCAGUUUCUUGGCAAUUUCUCGCAUGGAAUAGCCUUAAUUUCUCAGAUCAAGAAUAGACUGACGGGUUUCAGAAGAAAGUUAUUUGUUUCUGGCCAUUUUGAGCCUGUAAUCGAACCCACAAUUGCUGAUGCUCCAGAUACUCAACUAGUCUCAAGAAGGCCAGUUAUAUUAUUUCUGUAAAUCAGCACAACAGUCAUCCAAUAUGCUGUAAUAUAAAUAUGGCCAUGCUCAUAAAAAUAUCGUCCUCCCUCAUCCCAACUGCCACUGAUUCAAAGAUACAAGGCUAAUUCCCCUCUUGAUUUGUACUGUAUUCCUUUUAUAGUGCAACGAGUAGAAACAUCCACCAUCUGUUUAUCAAAGGCUGUGUGUUCUGUCUGUCCUCACCUAGAGUACUAAUUGACGUGACAACAGUGUUAAUAGUCUGUGUGAAGGAGGACAGGAAGGGUGAGAGGCAUCAGAUGUGAGGAGAGGACACUGAUGCUCAUUAGCUUCUUUAUUUAUUUCUCCAUCCUUUCUUCUCCUCCUGCAGCAAACCGCUUCUGUUCUUCCUCCUCAUUUCAAUAAAACCCAACUCCACUCAUUAUGAUCACAGAACACCUCAUAAACAUUAUCUUUCUCUCCCUCCCUCUAUUUGUCGUCCUCCCUCUCUCGGUCUGUUUUUCAUCCCUAUUUUAAAGAGAGAAGAGGGAGUCGUGGUACUUCCCCCUUGAGAAAAAGAAAAACCGUCUAACUUUCAUCGAAACGUGUCUCAUUUGAAGAACGUAUUUGGCAAUAUGUUGAAAGGAAGCAGGCCAAGCAGGCAGGACGUGGAUUAUAUAUUAUUGGAUGUUAUGGGGAUAUUUUCUCUUGUUUAAUCAAGUUUGUCACCCGAGCAGAGAGUAAUUAAUUAAAUGUGACAAGCACUCUGCUAGGCUAUGUAAAUACCCCCUCACGCCCCACUGCUCAACACGCCUUUUUACCUCAGUGUGUGUGUGUGUGUGUGUGUGUGUGUGUCUUUGUUAAUUGCCAUAUCCUUUCAUGAUGGUCCUGGCAGCGUUUUUGAUAAGAAUCCCCCUUUGGCAGAAGGAAACAAUGUGGAUCCACUGGAGGAUUGCUCUCUCGCUCCCUCUCUCCCUCUCUCUUCAUCUAUAAUCCUAGGAACAUUGUGUGUUGUUCCAGAGUAAUCCAUUCUAAAUGAACACCAGUGGUAAGUGAUGAAGUGGAAUAGAAAGUAUUGAUGCGUACCAUAACAGGGAACUACAGAAGGAGAAAAUAUCUCUUUCCACACUGUGAUUAUCAGGGCGGUGGUACUGUGUGAUGAACUAAUACAGUUGAAGUCUGAAGUUGACAUACAAUUAGGUUGGAGUCAUAAAAACUCGUUUUUCAACCACUCCACAAAUUUCUUGUUAACAAACUAUAGUUUUGGCAAGUCGGUUAGGAUAUCUACUUUGUGCAUGACACAAGUCGUUUUUCCAACAAUUGUUUACAGACAGAUUAUUUCACUUAUAAUUCACUGUAUCACAAUUCCAGUGGGUCAGAAGUUUACAUACACUAAGUUGACUGUGCCUUUAAACAGCUUGGAAAAUUCCAGAAAAUGAUGUCAUGGCUUUAGAAGCUUCUGAUGGGCUAAUUGACAUCAUUUGAGUCAAUUGGAGGUGUACCUGUGGAUGUAUUUCAAGGCCUACCUUCAAACUCAGUGCCUCUUUGCUUGACAUCAUGGGAAAAUCAAAAGAAAUCAGCCAAGCCAUUGUAGACCUCCACAAGUCUGGUUCAUCCUUGGGAGCAAUUUCCAAACGCCUGAAGGUACCACGUUCAUCUAUACAAACAAUAGUACACAAGUAUAAACACCAUGGGACCACGCAGCGGUCAUACCGUUCAGGAAGGAGACGCGUUCUGUCUCCUAGAGAUGAACGUACUUUGGUGCGAAAAGUGCAAUUAAAUCCCAGAACAACAGCAAAUUACCUUGUGAAGAUGCUUGAGGACACCGGUACAAAAGUAUCUAUAUCCACAGUAAAACGAGUCCUAUAUCGACAUAACCUGAAAGGCCGCUCAGCAAGGAAGAUGCCACUGCUCCAAAACCGCCAUAUAAAAGCCAGACUACGGUUUGCAACUGCAUAUGGGGACAAAGAUCGUACUUUUUGGAGAAAUGUCCUCUGGUCUGAUGAAACAAAAAUAGAACUGUUUGGCCAUAAUGACCAUUGUUAUGUUUGGAGGAAAAAGGGUGUUGCUUGCAAGCUGAAGAACACCAUCCCAACCGUGAAGCACAGGGGUGGCAGCAUCAUGCUGUGGGGGUGCUUUGCUGCAGGAGGGACUGGUGCACUUCACAAGAUAGAUGGCAUCAUGAGGAAGGAAAGUUAUGUGGAUAUAUUCAAGCAACAUCUCAAGACAUCAGUCAGGAAGUUAAAGCUUGGUCGCAAAUGGGUCUUCCAAAUGGACAAUGACCCCAAGCAUAUUUCCAAAGUUGUGGCAAAAUGGCUUAAGGACAACAAAGUCAAGGUAUUGGAGUGGCCAUCACAAAGCCCUGACCUCAAUCCUAUAGAACAUUUACAUUUACAUUUACGUCAUUUAGCAGACGCUCUUAUCCAGAGCGACUUACAAAUAGGUGCAUUCACCUUACACCUUUUUUUUUGGGGGGGGGGGGGGGUUGGAGUAAAGGGGGGGGGGGGGGGGGGUAGAAGGAUUACUUUAUCCUAUCCCAGGUAUUCCUUAAAGAGGUGGGGUUUCAAAUGUCUCCGGAAGGUGGUGAGUGACUCCGCUGUCCUGGCAUCGUGAGGGAGCUUGUUCCACCAUUGGGGUGAGUCUCUUUAACCCUUUGCUGUGCUUUUUCAGAGACACACAGAUUCAUACAUAACAUGGAUAGAGGCUGCUGUGGAGCCCUCCUGUUUCUGGGUCUGAGUGAGGUGAGGUGGAGCCCUCCUGUUUCUGGGUCUGAGUGAGGUGAGGUGGAGCCCUCCUGUUUCUGGGUCUGAGUGAGGUGAGGUGAGGUGGAGCCCUCCUGUUUCUGGGUCUGUGAGGUGAGGUGGAGCCCUCCUGUUUCUGGGUCUGUGAGGUGAGGUGGAGCCCUCCUGUUUCCAGGUCUGAGUGAGGUGAGGUAGAGCCCUCCUGUUUCCAGGUCUGAGUGAGGUGAGUUGAGGUGGAGCCCUCCUGUUUCUGGGUCUGAGUGAGGUGAGGUGAGGUGGAGCCCUCCUGUUUCCAGGUCUGAGUGAGGUGAGGUGGAGCCCUCCUGUUUCUGGGUCUGUGAGGUGAGGUGGAGCCCUCCUGUGUUUUCUGGUGCAUGGUUUCCCCUGCUUUUACUAAGGACAGGACAGAGGGAGGAGAGGACAGGGGGAGGAGAGGACAGAGGGAGGAGAGGACAGAGGGAGGAGAGGACAGAGGGAGGAGAGGACAGAGGGAGGAGAGGACAGAGGGAGGAGAGGACAGGACAGCGUUUUGAUUAAAGUGCUUUGUGCUUUUUGUGGUCGGUUCGAUUAUAAUCACUGUUUUCGAUUUGAGUUCCGAUUUUUUUUUUUUUUAACAUUAAAUGCGCUAUGCAUUAUGUGGGUUGAAUGCUGUAACAACACAGAAUAAAACAAUUAUUUCAAGUCCCAUGAUGGUAGUAACUGCCCAUUACUGCUUACCACUUAUGAACCUUAAUUUAUUCACAUUACUUUACUUUAAUAAAAUAUUUCAGUUGUUGUGUAUAUAACAUUGUUUUAUUUGAUGACUUUAUUAUUUAAUUCCAAGUCCUAAUCUCUAUAGAGCUGCUGCCUAUGCUGUCUGACAAAAUCACAAUUUUAGUAGUUCUUCUAAUUAAAUAAGGCAUACUUUUAUGACUGCUGAAUACCAACUAUCAAUCACUUAGAUAAUGUAUUUUCAGGUACAGAUACCUUGCGAAGCAACUUCUUUAUAUCCCUCUAGAUAGAGCAUUCUUCUGUCUCUUCUCUCCGUGUUUGCCCGACACUACCUAGCGUAGCAGGCAUAAAACAAACGCACCGGCGUGCAAUGGCUUAUGGUCAUUGUAGUUAACUAUCACGUUUUCUGCGCUAAACUAUAUAGAAUUUUGUCCUGUUGGAAACUACCACUCCCAACUACAUCACACAGUUCGGGUUUGAUCUGAUUUAUCUCUAGAGAAACUACGCAAUGAGCGCAUUGAGCUCACUGAAAAACCCAGAAGGAAAUGUAAUUCAAAUAAUUGAACCAAUGUUGGUCAAUUAGUUAAAAAAAAUAAAAUAAUAAUAACUGACACUCAUCAUACAUACCAAACAGUCAUUUCAACUGCUCUCAGGUAGAAAGUGGUCUAAAUGUAAAAAUAGAACACUCACAUACUGUAUCAACAUGAUCAAGUGUCUGCUGUUUACAGUGACUUGUAUUAAAAACUGUCAGUAUAAGAAUUGAAUAUGAAGUGUUUACUUGGCAAAUGGUGAAUGAGUGGAGUCUGUUAUUGACUCCUGAGGACCGCUGCCUGUCAGCUUUUUCAUAUUAAUUGAGUUAGGGCUAAAACAACAAACCAGCAGCAAGCCAAACAGGCAAUCCCAGAGCCCACAGGGAGACUAAAAGUUCAAGCACUUAGUCGUUUUUAACGAGAGAAGAACGUCAUUGUAAAAAUGACUCCAUCAGCCACCCAGAAAGGGAGAGAGAAAGCAAGAGAGCGAGAGAGAGAAAGGGAGAUUAAUUAAACAGUCAGGGAGGAGAGGGAGAGCGGUGACAGCAUAGCAUUCCCUCCCCCAUAUGCCCCCCUAGACACAACUACAACAACAUAACCAACAAAAACGGGUCACAACUCCUGCAGCUCUGUCGCAUGCUGGGUAUGUACAUAGUCAAUGGUAGGCGCCGAGGGGACUCGUACGGUAGGUACACCUAUAGCUCAUCUCUUGGCAGUAGUACUGUAGACUACAUUAUCACUGACCUCAACCCAGGGUCUCUGAGUGUUCACUGUCAGCCCACUGACACCCCAUCAGAUCACAGCAAAAUCACAGUCUACUUGAACAGAGCAAUACUCAAUCAUGAGGUGACAAACCCAAAGGAACUGAAUAAUAUUAAGAAAUGCUAUAAUGGAAGGAAAGCAGUGUGGAAACUUACCAAAAAACUAUUAGGCAACAACAUAUUCAAUCCGUUUUAGACAACUUCCUGGACAAAACGUUUCACUGUAAUAGUGAAGGUGUAAACUUGGCAGUAGAAAACCUAAACAGUAUAUUUGACCUCUCAGCUUCCCUAUCAAAUCUAAACACUUCAAGCAGACAACCUAAGAGAAUUAACAACAAUGACAAAUGGUUUGAUAAAGAAUGCAAAAACCUAAGAUAACCUGAGCCUACGCCUUCACCGUGGUGAAGCACUAAAACAAUACAGAAAAACACUACGGAAAAAGAAGGAACAGCACGACAGAAAUCAGCUCAAUGUAAUUGAAGAAUCCAUAGAAUUGAACCACUUCUGGGAAAAUUGGAACACACUACAUUUACGUCAUUUAGCAGACGCUCUUAUCCAGAGCGACUUACAAAUUGGUGCAUUCACCUUAUAGCCAGUGGGAUAACCACUUUACAAUGUGUAUUUAUUUUUAUUUUUUUAUUUUUUUUGGGGGGGGGGGGUUGGGGUAAGAGAGGGGUAGAAGGAUUACUUUAUCCUAUCCCAGGUAUUCCUUAAAGAGGUGGGGUUUCAAAUGUCUCCGGAAGGUGGUGAGUGACUCCGCUGUCCUGGCGUCGUGAGGGAGCUUGUUCCACCAUUGGGGUGCCAGAGCAGCGAACAGUUUUGACUGGGCUGAGCGGGAACUAUGCUUCCGCAGGGGAAGGGGAGCCAGCAGGCCAGAGGUGGAUGAACGCAAUGCCCUCGUUUGGGUGUAGGGACUGAUCAGAGCCUGAAGGUACGGAGGUGCCGUUCCCCUCACAGCUCCAUAGGCAAGCACCAUGGUCUUGUAACAGAUGCGAGCUUCAACUGGAAGCCAGUGGAGUGUGCGGAGGAGGGGGGGUGACGUGAGAGAACUUGGGAAGGUUGAACACCAGACGGGCUGCGGCAUUCUGGAUGAGUUGUAGGGGUUUAAUGGCACAGGCAGGGAGCCCAGCCAACAGCGAGUUGCAGUAAUCCAGACGGGAGAUGACAAGUGCCUGGAUUAGGACCUGUGCCGCUUCCUGUGUAAGGCAGGGUCGUACUCUCCGAAUGUUGUAGAGCAUGAACCUACAGGAUCGGGUCACCGCCUUGAUGUUAGCGGAGAAUGACAGGGUGUUGUCCAGGGUCACGCCAAGGCUCUUCGCACUCUGGGAGGAGGACACAACGGAGUUGUCAACCGUGAUGGUGAGAUCAUGGAACAGGCAGUCCUUCCCCGGGAGGAAGAGCAGCUCCGUCUUGCCAAGGUUCAGCUUGAGGUGGUGAUCCGUCAUCCAUACUGAUAUGUCUGCCAGACAUGCAGAGAUGCGAUUCGCCACCUGGUUAUCAGAAGGGGGAAAGGAGAAGAUUAGUUGUGUGUCGUCAGCGUAGCAAUGAUAGGAGAGGCCAUGUGAGGAUAUGACAGAGCCAAGUGACUUGGUGUAUAGCGAGAAUAGGAGAGGGCCUAGAACUGAGCCCUGGGGGACACCAGUGGUGAGAGCACGUGGUGCGGAGACAGCUUCUCGCCACGCCACUUGGUAGGAGCGACCGGUCAGGUAGGACGCAAUCCAAGAGUGAGCCGCGCCGGAGAUGCCCAGCUCGGAGAGGGUGGAGAGGAGGAUCUGAUGGUUCACAGUAUCAAAGGCAGCAGACAGGUCUAGAAGGACAAGAGCAGAGGAGAGAGAGUUAGCUUUAGCAGUGCGGAGAGCCUCCGUGACACAGAGAAGAGCAGUCUCAGUUGAAUGACCAGUCUUGAAACCUGACUGGUUUGGAUCAAGAAGGUCAUUCUGAGAGAGAUAGCAAGAGAGUUGGCUAAAGACGGCACGCUCAAUAGUGUUGGAGAGAAAAGAAAGAAGGGAUACUGGUCUGUAGUUGUUGACAUCAGAGGGAUCGAGUGUUGGUUUUUUGAGAAGGGGUGCAACUCUCGCUCUCUUGAAGACGGAAGGGACAUAGCCAGCGGUCAAGGAUGAGUUGAUCAGCGAGGUGAGGUAGGGGAGAAGGUCACCGGAGAUGGUCUGGAGAAGAGAGGAGGGGAUAGGGUCAAGCGGGCAGGUUGUUGGGCGGCCUGCAGUCACAAGUCGCAAGAUUUUAUCUGGAGAGAGAGGGGAGAAAGAAGUCAAAGCAUAGGGUUGGGCAGUGUGAGCAGGACCAGCAGUGUCAUUUGACUUAACAAACGAGGAUCGGAUGUCGUCAACCUUCUUUUCAAAAUGGUUGAUGAAGUCAUCACAGAGAGGGGGGAGGGGGUGGAGGUGGGAGGGGGGAGGGGUUCAGCAGGGAGGAGAAUGUGGCAAAGAGCUUCCUAGGGUUAGAGGCAGAUGCUUGGAAUUUAGCGUGGUAGAAAGUGGCCUUAGCAGCAGAAACAGAUGAAGAAAAUGUAGAGAGGAGGGAGUGAAAAGAUGCCAGGUCUAGUUUUCUUCCAUUUCCGCUCAGCUGCCCAGAGCUCUGUUCUGUGAGCUCGCAAUGAGUCAUCAAGCCACGGAGCUGGAGGGGAGGACCGAGCCGGCCGGGAGGAUAGGGGACAUAGAGAGUCAAAGGAUGCAGAAAGGGAGGAGAGGAGGGUUGAGGAGGCAGAAUCAGGAGAUUGGAGGGAGAAGGAUUGAGCAGAGGGAAGAGAUGAUAGGAUGGAAGAGGAGAGAGUAGCGGGAGAGAGAGAGCGAAGGUUGCGACGGCGCAUUACCAUCUGAGUAGGGGCAGAGUGAGUAGUGUUGGAGGAGAGCGAGAGAGAAAAGGAUACAAAGUAGUGGUCGGAGACAUGGAGGGGAGUUGCAGUGAGAUUAGUAGAAGAACAGCAUCUAGUAAAGAUGAGGUCAAGCGUAUUGCCUGCCUUGUGAGUAGGGGGGGACGGUGAGAGGGUGAGGUCAAAAGAGGAGAGGAGUGGAAAGAAGGAGGCAGAGAGAAAUGAGUCAAAUGUAGACGUAGGGAGGUUGAAAUCCCCCAGAACUGUGAGGGGUGAGCCAUCCUCAGGAAAGGAAUGUAUCAAGGCGUCAAGCUCAUUGAUGAACUCUCCAAGGGAACCUGGAGGGCGAUAGAUGACAAGGAUAUUAAGCUUAAAUGGGCUAGUGACUGUGACAGCAUGGAAUUCAAAUGAGGAGAUAGACAGAUGGGUUAGGGGAAAAAUUGAGAAUGUCCACUUGGGAGAGAUGAGGAUUCCUGUGCCACCACCCCGCUGACCAGAUGCUCUCUGGGUAUGCGAGAACACAUGGUCAGACGAGGAGAGAGCAGUAGGAGUAGCAGUGUUUUCAGUGGUAAUCCAUGUUUCCGUCAGCGCCAAGAAGUCGAGGGACUGGAGGGUAGCAUAGGCUGGGAUGAAGUCUGCCUUGUUGGCAGCAGAACGGCAGUUCCAGAGGCUGCCUGAGACCUGGAACUCCAGGUGGGUGGUGCGUGCAGGGACCACCAGGUUAGAGAGGCAGCAGCCACGCGGUGUGAGGCAUUUGUGUAGCCUGUGCAGAGAGGAAACAACAACACGAAGAGUUAUCUAUCCAAAACGGAGAUGUAUGGAUAAACCACUUUUCCAAUAUAUUUGGCUCUGUACCGAAGAACAAACAGCAAAAACAUAUUCAUGAUCAAAUACAAAUCUUAGAAUCAACUAUUUAAAGACUACCAGAACCCACUGAAUUAUCCAAUUACACCACUGGAUUCUCCAAUUACAUUGAAUGAACUACAGGACAAAAUACAAACCCUCCAACCCAAAAAGGCCUGUGGUGUUGAUGGUAUCCUAAAUGAAAUGAUAAAAUAAACAGACCACAAAUUACAAUUGGCUAUACUUAAACUCUUUAAUAUCAUCCUCAGCUCUGGCAUCUUCCCCAAUAUUUGGAACCAAGGACUGAUCACCCCAAUCCACAAAAGUGGAGACAGAUUUGACCCCAAUAACUAUUGUGGGAUAUGCGUCAACAGCAACCUUGGGAAAGUACUCUGCAUAAACAGCAGACUCUUACAUUUCCUCAGUGAAAACAAUGUACUGAGCAAAUGUCAAAUUGGCUUUUUAACAAAUUACCGUACGACAGACCACGUAUUCACUCUGCACACCCUAAUUGACAAACAAACAAACCAAAACAAAGGCAAAGUCUUCUCAUGCUUUGUUGAUUUCCAUGAGGGUCUGCUAUGCAAAUUGAUGGAAAGCGGUGUUUGGGGGGGGAAACAUACAACAUUAUAAAAUCCAUGUACACAAACAACAAGUGUGUGGUUAACAUUGGCAACAAACACACACAUUUCUUUCCACAGGGCCGUGGGGACAGACUCGGAUGCAGCUUGAGCCACACCCUCUUCAACAUAUAUAUUAACGAAUUGGCGAGGACACUAGAACAGUCUGCAGCACCCGGCCUCACCCUACUAGAUUCUGAAGUAAAAUGUAUACUGUUUGCUGAUGAUCUGGUGCUUCUGUCCCCAACCAAGGAGGGCCUACAGCAGCACCUAUAACUUCUGCACAGAUUCUGUCAGACCUGGGCCCUGACAGUAAAUCUCAGUAAGACAAAAAUAAUGGUGUUCCAAAAAAGGUCCAGUUGCCAGGACCACAAAUACAAGUUCCAUCUAGACACCAUUGCCCUAGAGCACACAAAAAACGAUACAUACCUCGGCCUAAACAUCAGCGCCACAGGUAACUUCCACAAAGCUGUGAACGAUCUGAGAGACAAGGCUAGAAGGGCUUUCUAUGCCAUCAAAAGGAACAUAACAUUCGACAUACCAAUUAGGAUCUGGCAAAAAAUACUUGAAUCAGUUAUAGAACCCAUUGCCCUUUAUAGUUGUGAGGUCUGGGGUCCGCUCACCAACCAAGAAUUCACUAAAUGGGACAAAAACCAAAUUGAGACUGCAUGCAGAAUUCUGCAAAAGUAUCCUCUGUGUACAACGUAAAACACCAAAUAAUGCAUGCCGAUACCAUCUAAUUAUCAAAAUCCAGAAAAGAGACGUUAAAUUCUACAACCACCUAAAAGGAAGCGAUUCCCAAACCUUCCAUAACAAAGCCAUCACCUACAGAGAGAUUAACCUGGAGAAGAGCAAACUAGAAUGCUAUUUGGCCCUUAACAGAGAGUACACAGUGGCAGAAUACCUGAUCACUGUGACUGACCCAAAAUUAAGGAAAUCUUUGACAAUGUACAGACUCAGUGAGCAUAGCCUUGCUAGCGAGAGAGGCCGCCGUAGGCAGAUCUGGCUCUCAAGAGAAGACAGGCUAUGUGCACACUGCCCGCAAAAUGAGGUGGAAACUGAGCUGCACUUCCUAACCUCCUGCCAAAUAAAUGACCAUAUUAGAGACACGUUUCCCUCAGAUUCCACAGACCCACAAAGAAUUCGAAAACAAAUCCAUCUUUUUUUGAUAAACUCCCAUAUCUAUUGGGUGAGAUACCACAGUGUGCCAUCACAGCAGAAAGAUUUGUGACCUGUUGCCACAAGAAAAGGGCAACCAGUGAAGAACAAACACCAUUGUAAAUACAACCCAUAUUUACAGUGCAUUCGGAAAGUAUUCAGACCCCUUGACUUUUUCCAAAUUGUGUUAUGUUACAGCCUUAUUCUAAAACGGAUUACAUUGUUUGUUUUUUCUCAUCAAUCUACACACAAUACCCCAUAAUGACAAAACAAAAACAGGUUGUUUUUUUACUCAGUACUUUGUUGAAGCACCUUUGGCAGCGAUUACAGCCUCAAGUCUUCUUGGGUAUGACGCUACAAGCUUGGUUACAUCUGUUAGAUCCUCUCAAGCUCUGUCAGGUUGGAUGGGGAGCGUCACUGCACAGCUAUUUUCAGGUCUCUCCAGAGAUGUUCGAUCGUGUUCAGACUCAAGGACCACUCAAGGACAUUCAGAGACUUGUCCCAAAGCCACUCCUGUGUUGUCUUGGCUGUGUGUUUAGGGUUGUUGUCCUGUUGCAAGGUGAACCUUUUUCAUCAAGGAUCUCUGUACUUUGAUCUGUUCAUCUUUCCCUCGAUCCUGACUAGUCUCCCAGUCCCUGCCACUGAAAAACAUCUGAAUGGUGCCAGGUUUACUCCAGAUGUGACGCUUGGCAUUCAGGCCAAAGAGUUCAAUCUUGGUUUCAUCAGACCAGAGAAUCUUGUUUCUCAUGGUCUGAGAGUCCUUUAGGUGCCUUUUGGCAAACUCCAAGCAGGCUGUCAUGUGCCUUUUACUGAGGAGUGGCUUCUGUCCAUCGGGUUCUUGGUCACCUCCCUGAGCAAGGCCCUUCUCCCCCGAUUGCUCAGUUUGGCCAGGCGGCCAGCUCUAGGAAGAGUCUUGGUGGUUUCAAACUUCUUCCAUUUAAGAAUGAUGGAGGCCACUGUGUUCUUGGGGACCUUCAAUGCUGCAUAAAUGUGUUGGUACCCUUCCCCAGCUCUGUGCCUCGGCACAAUCCUGUCUCGGAGCUCUAAGGACAAUUCCUUCGACCUCAUGGCUUGGUUUUUGCUGUGACAUGCACUGUCAACUGUGUGACCUUUUUAUAGACAGUUGUGUGCCUUUCCAAAUCAUGUCCAAUCAAUUGAAUUUACCACAGGUGGACUCCAAUCAAGUUGUAGAAACAUCUCAAGGAUGAUCAAUGGAAACAGGAUGCACCUGAACUCAAUUUAGGGUCUCAUAGCAAAGGGUCUGAAUACUUAUGUAAAUAAGGUAUUUCUGUUUUUAUCUGUAAUACAUUUGCAAAAUUUUCUAAAAAUCUGUUUUUGCUUCGUCAUUAUGGGGUAUUGUGUGUGUAGAUUGAUGAAACAUUUUUAUUUGAUCCCUUUCAGAAUAAGGCUGUAUGUAACUUAACAAAAUGUGGAAAAAGGGAAGGGGUCUGAAUACUUUGCGAAUGCACUGUAUGUUUUAUUCUUUUCCCUUUUGUACUUUAACUAUUUGCACAUCAUUACAACACUGUAUAUAGACAUAAUAUGACAUUUGAAAUGUCCAUUCCUUUGGAACUUUUGUGAGUGUAAUGUUUACUGUUUAUUUUGUUUAUUAUCUAUUUUACUUGCUUUGGCAAUGUAAACAUAUGUUUCCCAUGCUAAUAAAGCCCAUUGAAUUGGAGGGAGGGAGGGAGAGCGGAAGAGAGAGAGAUGAACUAAUUAAUUAAUUAAUUAAUUAAUUAAUUAAUUAAUUACAGUCCCAUCUGGUCCACAGAAGCUGAGAGGCCCAGGAAUGAGCUCACACUGUGGAUCUAAUUAUCCUCAAUCUCAAAACUGAGAAUCACAAUAACCUCAGCUGAUUGGAGGGCCUUUUUCCUCUUUGCUCUUCUCUUUUCACAGACACUCUACAUGUCUUUAUCUUCUCUCUCUCGCGCUCUUCAUUCCCCUCUGUGCUCCUUCCCCCACACUCACACAUUACAGAGCCUCAUUUCACCAUUAUAAUUUCUAAUUCACCAAUCUCCUUGCUUGCCUUUUUGUCUUUGUCUCUUCUGCCGUUAGACACAGCUGAUUAAGCCUGGCUCUGAUGAAGGAGUGUUAUGUGACUGAGGUCACCAGUGUUGUUAUGCGAGAUCCUCAUCAUGUCUCUGUGUUGGGUGAGUGAUUAGCCCCUCAUUAACGGGCUGCCGGCAGUAUCCUUUGGUAGUCCUUGGACACACACAUCAUCAUCAUUUUAUUACCGACAGAGUCAUAUUUGGCUUAUACUGCCUUCUUGUAUAAGUGCGUGUAUUGAGGAAGCGAGAAUAGGCAGAGGUAGAGAAAGAAGGUAACAUAGCACACUUAAUAGUAGUCUAAAAUAGUAGUCUAAAAAUAGUAGUCCAAAAAUAUAGAGACAUUUCUGUUGUGUCAACUAGUAGGCUUCUUCACUGGCUUUAACAGCCAAUAUCUCAUCUGUCAUCACAGUGAUAAACACACAGCCAGACUAAAGCUGUCCUGGCUGGCCGUCUCUCUCUAUAUCUGCCUCUGUUGUUGUUAGAGCUGUACUCAACUAACCAGUUGUGAGGGGAGGUGGACAGAGGCGUGCUGUCUUCCGGCCGAACAACGCCAGCAACGUCCCUGUACUGUGUACAUACCUGAGAAUGUUAUUGACAUAAUACAUGGCUCGUGGGCCGGAGAGCAAGCUGGAGGGAAUGCACAGUAUGGACGGAUCAAAUCAAUAAGAAUUCUAAUUGUCACAUGCUUCAUAAACAACAGGUGUAGACUAACAGUGAAAUGCUUACUUAUGGGUCCUUUCAAACAAUGCAGAGUUAAAGAUAAAAUAGAAAUAGUGACACAAGGAAUAAAUACACAGUGAAUAAUUAAUAAAAAUAACAACUGAAAAUAACAUGGCUAUAUACAGGGAGUACCAGUACAGAAUCGACGUGAUUUAAAAUGAUUGCGAUAAAAUGGCUGGGUCUGUUUUCUUAGUGAACCGAGUUCUUAAACUGUGGUUUUAGCAAUAGUGCUCAGAGGGCCUGAAUACACCCAGGUUACUUGUACUGUGGAAAUGAUAAACUUCACAGUAUUACUCAGUCGUACUGUAGAAAUAGACUUCACAGCAUUACUCAGUCGUACUGUAGGAAUAGACUUCACAGCAUUACUCAGUCGUACUGUAGAAAUAGACUUCACAGCAUUACUCAGUCGUACUGUAGGAAUAGACUUCACAGCAUUACUCAGUCGUACUGUAGGAAUAGACUUCACAGUAUUACUCAGUCGUACUGUAGGAAUAGACUUCACAGUAUUACUCAGUCGUACUGUAGGAAUAGACUUCACAGCGUUACUCAGUCGUACUGUAGGAAUAGACUUCACAGCGUUACUCAGUCGUACUGUAGGAAUAGACUUCACAGCAUUACUCAGUCGUACUGUAGGAAUAGACUUCACAGCGUUACUCAGUCGUACUGUAGAAAUAGACUUCACAGUAUUACUCAGUCGUACUGUAGGAAUAGACUUCACAGUAUUACUCAGUCGUACUGUAGGAAUAGACUUCACAGCGUUACUCAGUCGUACUGUAGAAAUAGACUUCACAGCGUUACUCAGUCGUACUGUAGGAAUAGACUUCACAGCAUUACUCAGUCGUACUGUAGGAAUAGACUUCACAGCAUUACUCAGUCGUACUGUAGAAAUAUACUUCACAGCAUUACUCAGUCGUACUGUAGGAAUAGACUUCACAGCAUUACUCAGUCGUACUGUAGGAAUAGACUUCACAGCAUUCUCCAGAUCACCCUGUAAUGUGCUCCAGUCAGCAGACAUAAUGCCAGAGAAUCUGUGGGAAUGAUGAUGUACUUCUUAUGGUUCAGGGCCUGUGUUCCAACCUACAGUAUCCUUCCAGUUACUACUGGCAGCGCCAGCCUCUCAUGCUGCUUUGCUUUCUAACAUGAAUAAAACCACUCAUUUGAAUGGGGAGCAAUGUUUCAAGGUUCUGCCCUGUGUUUGUCAAAGUACUGUAGUUCUGCUUUGGUGAGUGUCUGGGCAGAGGUCACUUUUCCACCAGCUGCAGCUUUAUUGACCCUAUGGGAUACAUUCCUACCAGGACACACACACAGUGGAAACUGCCAGGAUUCUCUCUAGUCUCUGGUCUAUAGCUCAUUCUCAUGAGACCGUCCUCCUCCACAAUGUAAAUGGCUGAUUCUUUGUCUUCUUGCCUGCCUAGGUUUAGCUUUCCAGCUGACGUGGCUGUAAUAGGAUUAAAUGAUUCUGUUGAAUUCUUAAUGUGCCCUUUAUGCUGCUACACUUUCCCUUUAAACCCUAGUAACCCUUAAUGGGUCUAUCUCUCAUUUUAUCUAUGGGAUGUUUCAGGAGGAGCAUUCUGUUUUAAGAGGAGCUAAUGGAUCAGUGUAAAUCAGUGGUGGGCUACUCGUCAAAGCGCUCAUCCUCUCCUUCACCUCCUCUCUGUCUCCUCUCCGAGGCAUUGUUAAUAAAAGUGCUAACACUUUACUUAAAGCUGACAGGUGUAAUUCGUUUUUAAGCAUUAUGCAUUGUAAGCAUGUGCAAGUAAUGUAUGUCAAAUGUGUGUGGCCUGGGCCCUCCAGGCACUGAGAGUCUGACUGGAACUGCUGCUCAUGUGUGUGUAAACUGUAAACAGUGAACUGUUGGCACCCGGACAAAUGGCUUCCAAUGCAAACACUGGCCAGGGUAGGAUUUCAUUACAAUUCUGGCACGGAGUCAGUGCAGACACUCACGCCCGUGGCCUUGCUCCCCUCAGAAAGACAGGAUAUCAGCUUCCUGCUAGGGCUUUGAUUUCAUUUCAGGUGUCUGUCCUCCUCCCCUCCUGCUCUCACAGCUAGCACUGAGAGGGAGAACAGAGGAAAGGUGGAGAAUCUCUGAUCAGGGUCUUCGAACCCUGUCAAAUCAGGGACCAGCAGCCAUUUCACAUUAGCUUUGUUAGUAGAGCAUGGCGCUUGUAACGCCAGGGUAGUGGGUUCGAUUCCCGGGACGAUCCAUAUGUAAAAUGUAUGCACGCAUGACUGUAAGUCGCUUUGGAUAAAAGCGUCUGGUAAAUGGCAUAUAUGAUUAUCUAUUUGUUUAUUUAUUUGGCUGGAAAGGGCCGGUAGUCAGAAGCUAAGUCCUUGUAGACUAAUUAGUGAGAGGUAACAAGCUCCUCUGGAAAUUCUCACAACCGCUGAGUCUGCAGGUCUGGCUUCCUGAUCUUGUGCUACCAUCUCUCCCCCAUCCACACACAGCACACGGACUAACACACACACACACACACACACACACACAUUGCUUUGUGUGAACAGUGUAGAGAUAAGAUAAGAGAGAAACGCCACCCUCUCUCCUUGGGAUCUGUGAACAACCAGAGGGGCCAGUUCUUGCAUAUUAUUAAUUUGCUUCAUGCACUCUCAUUUCUUUUGACUUGCCUGGCUGUAUCACUACUUGAGGGCUGCAGUUAAAACCCCCUAGAGUCGAUUGACAGAAUCGAAUUAACAUAAUAAUACAAAAAUCUGUUUAAGAUAGAGAUACCUGUUUUUUUGUAAGGGCUCAAUCCACCGCAUCCGCCUACAGUGCUGUUUGUGCAUCCGCCUACAGUGCUGUUUGUUAGACCAGGAGACAUCCCGAAAAUCUGAAAAAAAUGUCUGUAGCGUCCAAACGGGCGUCUGAACGUCUAAAGUCUGUAUCGCCGAUGUGCCAACAUCUUCCUGUAGUGUCCGAACAGUUUGGGCUACAAACUAAUCUGAUCCCACUAUGGACAGGGGAGACUCUCACGAACGUGAUGGUGUUGUCCGUUUUGCUCUAUGACCCCCACAAGUGUCACGGGACUCAUCUGAAGGUAACCCGGUACCGGGGGAAAAAAAGUAUGGAAGUAUCUUAUAUGAUAUAGGACAGACACUUCAAAAACGUAUUCCUUAUGAUUUAUUUUUUGAAUGUCUAUAGCAGUAAAGGGCAAUUUUGUAUUUAAAAAAAAUAUGUGAAUACCUACAGGGGUGUGGAGCCAAUAAAGAGAGUGUAUAAUACUCUACAUUCAAGCUAUUUGAUGUCCUCCUCAGAUCAGUGUGUCUGUCUCCACACGUCCGCUCAGCUCUAAACCCUAGUGACCCUGAUCCACCCUGUCUGCCCCUCUCAGCCUCUAACUCAUCCUCACACUCUAUAGUUAAGGAGGUCAGACACAGCUGUGCUCCAGUUGAUCUCUCUUCCUUGCAUGCUUGCGUGCGCGCACCUUGACAUCAUCUCCUGCUCUCCUCUCUCUCUCUCGUCUCUCUGUCUUCCUCUGACUCCCGCUCUCCUCCAGUCUGUUUUAUUGCUCACUGUUAGUGUUUUAACACCUACACAAGUCAUGUUAAUGAAUUACCCGUUCUGUGCAGUAAUGCAAACAUGAGGUUAUCAUCACUCAAGUGAUCACAGGGGAAGCUUGGAGCGUCUUGUCUAUUUAUUUACAGGAGCAGUAAAAUAUUGUAGUUAUAGUGGAUAACAGGCUACUGUAGCGAGGAGAGAGAGAGAGAGAGAGAGGAGAGAGAGAGAGAGAGGAGAGAGAGGAGAGAGAGAGAGAGAGAUAGAGAGAGAGAGAGAGAGAGAGAUCAUAGAGAAGCUAGCAUCGCUCUCCUCUAUCUCUCUCAGAUGCUCUCUCUCUCGCUAGCUCUCUCUCUCGUCUCGCGCUCUCUCUCUCUCUCUCUCUCUCUCUCUCGCUCUCUCUCUCUUCUUUCUCUCUUCCUGCUCUCUCUCUCUCUCUGUCUCUCUCUCUUCUCCCGCCUUCUCCCUUCCCCCCCCUUUUUCUUCCCCUCCCCGCCUCCCUCCCUCCGCCUCCUAAGAGGAGCCGGUUUAUUGGGGGAUUUAAAAAAUGUUAAGGAAAAAAGGGAAACAGCAUGUCAAAAAUCACCCCAAAUGUAUUCAACAACCCCAAUAGAUUUCAAAACCACUUCUUUUGGGGAAAAUUUUGGAAAAACUAAAAAAAACAAAAAAAAAGGGAAAAAAAGGUUGGGAAACCCACCCUUUUCCCCAAUCUUUUUGGGCCCCCCUAAAAGAAACAAAACACAAAAAUAUUUUUUAAAAAUUUAAAAAUUAAAACCCCAAACUUUAAAAGGGGAUCCCCCAAACCCAUUUUAUUCCCCCCUUCCCAUUUUUAACUACAGGAAAAAAAUUACAAACCCCCCAAAACCCAAAAAGGUCCUGUGGUGUUAAUGGGUUAAUCCUCAAUGAAAUGAAAAAAAUAUACCCCCCCCACAAAUUUAAAUUAGCUAUCCCUUAAAACCCCCUUUAACAUCAUCCCUUAGCGUCUUGGCAUCUUCCCCAACAUCUGGAACCAAGGACUUGAUCACCCCAAUCCACAAAAGUGGAGACAAAUUUGACCCCAAUAACUACCGUGGGAUAUGCGUCAAACAGCAACCUUGGGAAAAUCCUCCUGCAUUAUCCUUAACGCAGACUAGUUCAUUUCCUCAGUGAAAACAAUGUACUGAGCAAAUGUCAAAUUGGCUUUUUACCAAAUUACCGUACGACAGACACGUAUUCACCCUGCACACCCUAAUUGACAAACAAAACAAACCAAACAAAGGCAAAGUCUUCUCAUGCUUUGUUGAUUUCAAAAAAAGCUUUUGACUCAAUUUGGCAUGAGGGUCCGCUAUACAAAUUGAUGGAAAGUGGGGUUUGGGGGAAAACAUACGACAUUAUAAAAUCCAUGUAACCAAACAACAAGUGUGCGGUUAAAAUUGGCAAAAAAAAACACACACAUUUCUUUCCACAGGGCCGUGGGGUGAGACAGGGAUGCAGUUUAAGCCCCACCCUCUAUCAACAUAUAUAUCAACGAUUGGCGAGGGCACUAGAAACAGUCGGCACACCCGGCCUCACCCUACUAGAAUCUGAAGUCAAAUGUCUUCUGUUUGCUGACGAUCUGGUGCUCUGUCACCAACCAAGGAGGGCCUACAGCAGCACCUAGAUCUUCUGCACAGAUUCCUGUCAGACCUGGGCCCUGACAGUAAAAUCUCAGUAGACAAAAAUAUGGUUUUCCAAAAAAUGUCCAGUUGCCAGGACCACAAAAUACAAAUUCCCUCUAGACACAAAAAACCGUUGCCCUAGAGCACACAAAAAACUAUACAUACCCUCGGCCUAAACAUCAGCGCCACAGGUAACUUCCACAAAGCUGUGAACGAUCUGAGAGACAAGGCAGAAGGGCCUUCUAUGCCAUCAAAAAGGAACAUAAAAUUUGACAUACCAAUUAGGAUCUGGCUAAAAAUACUUGAAUCAGUUUAUAGAACCCAUUGCCCUUUAUGGUUCUGAGGUCUGGGGUCCGCUCACCAACCAAGAAUUCACAAAAUGGGACAAACACCAAAUUGAGACUCUGCAUGCAGAAUUCCUGCAAAAACAUCCUCCGUGGUACAACGUAAAACACCAAAUAAUUGCAUGCAGAGCAGAAUUAGGCCAAUACCCGCUAAUUAUCAAAAUCCAGAAAAGAGCCGUUAAAUUCUAUAACCACUUAAAGGAAAGCGAUUCCCAAACCUUCCAUAACAAGAAGCCAUCACCUACAGAGAGAUGAAACUUGGAGAAGAGUCCCCUAAGUAAGCUUGUCCUGGGCUCUGUUCACAAACACAAACAGAACCCCACACAGCCCCAGACAACACAACAACAACACAACUAACCCAACCAAAUCAUGAGAAAACAAAAAAGAGAAUUACUUGACACAUUGGAAAGAACCAAACAAAAAAACAGAGCAAACUAGAAUGCUAUUUGGACCCUAAACCAGAGAGUACACAGUGGGCAGAAUACGUGACCACUGUGACUGACCCAAACUUAAGAAGCUUUGACUAUGUACAGACUCAGUGAGCAUAGCCUUGCUAUUGAGAAAGACCCUGGCUCUCAAGAGAAGACAGGCUAUGUGCACACUGCCCACAAAAUGAGGUGGAACCUGAGCUGCACUUCCUAACCUCCUGCCAAAUGUAUGACCAUAUUAGAGACACAAUAUUUCCCCUCAGAUUACAGCGAUCCAAAAGAAUUCGAAAACAAACCCCAAUUUUUGAAUAAACUCCCUUAUCUACUGGGUGAAAAUCCACAGUGUGCCAUCACAGCUGCAAGAUUUGUGACCUGUUUGCCACAAGAAAAGGGGCAACCAGUGAAGAAACAAACAACCAUUGUAAAUAACAAACCCAUAUUUUUUUUAUUUUUUUUUCCCUUUGGGACUUUAACUUUUUGAAAACCCCAUUUAAACCCAAAACACGGAUUGACAUAAAAAAUUGGACAUUUAAAAGGGCUUUUUUUUUCUUUUAAAAAUUUCCCUGGGGUUUUAAUGUUUCUGUUUAAUAUUUAUUGUUUAUUUCACUUUUGUUUACUAUCACUUCCUCCUACCUCCCUUUGGCAUUACACCACUUUCCCACCCCAACUUUCCAUCCACUACUAAAGAACUUAAAUAUAUAAAUAGCGGGCUUUAAAAACCAAGAAGAAAGAAGCCUAACAAUCCCAAAUGGCCCCUUCCCGCUCUCCUCUUCCUCCUUCUUCUCUCUUCUCCCUUUUUCCUCUCGUUCUCCCUCUCUCUCUCUCUCUCCUCCUCUCUCCUCUACCCUCUCUCCUCCUCCUCUCUCUCCCUCUCUCUCCUCUCUCCUUCUCUCUCUCCUCUCUCUCUCUCUCUCUCUCCCCUCUCUCUCUCUCUCUUAUCUCCUCCUCGCUCUCUCUCUCUCUCUCUGCUCCUUCUCUCUGUCUCCAUCUCGCUCUCUCCAGGCAAUUUUCCCCACGUUUUGUCAAGACAUACCACAUUUCUAUUAAACCCCUUCCCUAUGUCUGUUUUCAAUGGGAGAUUACCUUUAAAUGUCUACAUCUUGUCAUACCAAAUAAUUCACAAAGCAAAAUAGUUUAUUUUAUCCCAUUCUGAUGAUUGAAGUUGAUAAUAUUCUCACUUUAUAUGGGGGUAAGCAUGGGUGGGUGGGAUGUAGGCCUAAUGCAUUGCAUGCUGUCUAGCUGAUACUAUCAGCAAUAUGUAACUAAUAAAGUUGUCACAUGAUUUCCACAAUUGGAAGUUAUGAACCAAAUUACAAAACCAUUGAUGCAUGACUGAUAGCAAUUCAGUAUGUAUUCCAAUCACUGAACGCACACGUACACACACAUUUUCUAGGGAUGGGUUGGUAGGCGAUAGGGCCCAAGACAAUGGGGACACAAUUGGUUUACCGCUCAUUGAAAGGUCAGAGGGCAUUGGAUCUCUUUCUUUCUCCCUACUCUCUCUCUCUCGCCCCACUCCUAUCCCCUUUCUAUCUCCCUCUUCCCAGCCUGCAUGUUGCUCCUGAUGAAACUGUGCAUUGUGAGCAAUUAGAUGGCCAAACGAGGACAUACAAAGACCAGUAACAAGCAGACACAGGCCUUUUAGCUGGAAGGAACAAAAGACUGAAAAUAGCUUUUCUGUCAAAGGGAUUUGGGUAUUUUAUCAUCUUUCUGAGCCUUUAACAGUCACCUCAAGCUGAUGCUUUAUAAUGAAGGAGACUCGAUGACGGUGUUGCUGAUUGUUCACGAUAACAAUCCUCAGUGUGUGUGGUUGCGUGCGUGAUUGGUUACUUAUGGUCCUCAGGAACUUCCUAGACCUGCUCUAACUGAAGCAUCAUGAAGGCGUUUAUGACAGCAAUAAAAAACGAUGUAACCAAUUCACGUUGACCAGUCAAUAAUAACCACCUUGGUGGUUCUCUCUUUGAUGAUGAUUGACAUCACAGAGAUCGAUGUAGAAACAUGGAAUCGGACUAAUGUGAUUCCAAUCUGAAUGGACAUUUUAAUAGGUUAAACCAGGUCAAAGGUCAUAUAGCGACCACAGGGAUGAUUGUGGUUGAAUCACAACUGGUCAGGUCAUGGUUAAUAUUAAGGUUAAUCUCCAUUAAUCAAUGUGUUAGUGAAACAAGGUGAGAGCAAAGGAGAGGAGAGUGGGGGGAGGGGAGGGGAGAGUGGGGGAGGGGAGAGUGAUAACUGACAUGUGUAGGGAUUGGGUUUGCAAUGUGUCUCUGUGCUGAGGUAGCUAGCUGGUACAAUAUCAUCUAUCCAUAGGCAGUAUAAUCCAGUUAGCCCAUAAUCUGGAAUGGGAGGGAUUAGCUUUCCAUGGAGUAUAAGUAAUACUGCUGUUCUGUCUCUCUGUCUCUCUGUCUCUCUGUCUGUCUGUGUGUGAGAGAGUUAUGCAGGGUCAGCACUCAGGAUAUGCUCCUUAGUGAUUUGUUGUUCCCUAGUGAUUUGUUGCCAUCCAUGCAGUACCCUUGAGCAUAAAAACACACAACACUUCACUUAUAUAAUAAGUCACUCCAUGAAUAGCAGUGGCGAACCGUGACUAUAAGACGUAGGCCUUCAGAGGGACAAAAAAUCUUCCAAUACGUUGUAUCAAACUAAAAAAUCAAGAAAAUACAGAAAACAUAGCAUCACUUAAUAAUAAUAUGCCAUUUAGCAGACGCUUUUAUCCAAAGCGACUUACAGUCAUGUGUGCAUACAUUUUUACGUAUGGGUGGUCCAGGGGAUCGAACCCACUACCCUGGCGUUACAAGCGCCAUGCUCUACCAAUUGAGCUACAGAGGACCACAUGCGCCCGACAUCAUAUCUUCUGUAGUCUGACCGUUCUAGUGAAGGAGGAGCAAUGCUUUUUGAUGACAUUACAAAUUAUUCAAACAGGCCUGGCCGCGCUUCGGCCUGCCACACACACACAGACAGAACCGGCAUGGACACAACAUGUGACACACAGCAUAAACUAAUGCGACCAGCAAAACAAAAAACACACUGUUUACACAACCUAUAAUAGCCUAUAACAACAACCGACAGGCUCAUGGUGCUGAAAGGACUGAGACUGUAAUACCUGUGCACUCGAUAGCGCUGAAGGAGAGCCAGUUUUGUUCAAACACAUAAACACGGCUCAUUUUUAUCACGUUCAUCACACUAACUGGUGAUCUAAAGUUUAAAUGCAACAAUGUUUUACAGUCAUUCUUUUCAAAGAGAUAGCUAACAGCAAGGGAGCUGCAACAAAAAACAGUGUCACUCACCAGAUGAUGAUAAUUUGUAAUUGAGAAGGCCUAGACAACACUUUUUUUUUUAAAACAGUACCACCUAUUGCAAGUCAAAAAUGUGAUUGGUUCAUUCUUCUGUCACUCCAAAAUUCUGCUCUAAUACAGUUGAAUGGCAGAUGCCGUCUAUCCAGCUUCUGAAGGCCUAGCCAAUGGCUGGCUGAGCUUGCUAGAUUUUUCUAACCAGAGACCACAAAAUAAAAUCCUGAUUGGAUAUGUUUUUCUCUUUAGUAUUAACCCUUCUCUUUCCAACACAAACUGAAGAGAUGAAAUCAGAAGAUCAUUCAAAUUAUUGUAAAGAGGAAAUGAAAUAGAAAUUAAAACUACAUUUUUAUAACUCCUUAGGCCUUCUCUGACUAGUAGGAAGUGUACUAGUGUGAGAUAUAGCUGAAGCUACUUUUAGAUAUGGGCAUAUAUCCAAUGAGCACACAUCUCUUCUAAGUGCUAGGUUUGUGAGAACUGGAGUACAGCUGGUAUACAGCUCACCAUGCCUUCUGCUGCCUCUCACUCACUCUCUCACACUUUCUCUCUUCUCUUUCUACAUUCCCCUCCCUCUCUCCCUCCUUACUCUUCCUCUGUGUGUGUAUGUGUGUGUGCAACAGGAGAGGUAGUGGUGUCAGGGAUAUCCUCUUGUCAUACAAUACUUCGCUCUGACUGUCUGGGACAUUUCCUCUAUACACACUGCUGCCAGCGUCUGUCUGGGAUAUCUCCUCUAUCCACACUGCUACCAGCGUCUUACUGAGCUCAUCUCUGUAGUGAGGAAGCAGGCAGUGUCCAAUCUCAGCAGCCGUCUGUGAUAGUUCCUGUUUUUUUGUGUGUGAUGCCCAGCUGCCGCCUGAGUAAAAAUAGUUUUCAGGAACAGCCGUGGGAGAUGAGGGAGGAUGGGUGAGGGACGAAGAGUCGGAUGGGGGGGGGGGAAGACAGGCUGUGUGAUGGUGUGGGGGAGAGAGGGGCAGGGGGAGAAGGUAGGGAGGAGUGAGGGAUGAGGAAUCUCUGGCAGAGGGAGUUGAUAAACAGAGAGGGAAAUGACUGUCUUUAUGACACUAAUAUUACAUCAUCAACCAUCUCCGAUGUCAGUGAAGCCUGUUUCUCCACCGUUAUGCUUAAUGCUUUUAUGUGUGUGUUAUACUUUUACUUUGGUGAUAGAGUGAAGACAGGUCAUAAAAACAUUGAUAGAGUACAGUAGUUAUUUAUGCUACUGGAUAGGGAAACCAGUGGUUCCACAAGCCUGGGUUAUAAAUUGGUGUCGCUGGUGGUGCUCUAAACAUACCCAGAUGUUGUCUGUAGCUUAUAGACUUACUGUGGGAAGAGAGGGGAGAAAAUCACUAUUUUGGCCAACCAUAAGAGGACUAGUAGAGUGCUAUGUGGAACGUCUGUCUCAACCACCCAUAGCACUGGGUUGAUUUGACCCACAAACAUAGAUCUCUCCUGAACCACUAAGUAAUGUUGUGCAACAACUGCCUAGAGCGUGACCACGACCAGAACUAUUUACUACUGCCAAGCUGUCUGUCUCCUGGAGCCACACCCUCAUUCUUCUCUCUCUCUCGCUCGCUCGCGCACCCUCCUCCCUCCCUCAGACUAUUUACAGUAUAUGAACCAGAAUGUGUCAUCUCUGGCAAAGAGAGAAUUCUCCUUUCUAAGCUUGUUUCCCACAAUUCCUCACUGUGUCCAAACAGAGCUAGACAGAAAAUACAGAGGCCUACCUCUUUACUACAGGCUACAGUUUCACAUGAAUGGCUUUAGUGAUACACUCACUCGCAUUGCAUUAAUGCCUCCCCUCUCGCUCUCUUUCUACUGCUUUGCCCCUCUCUCUCCCCAUCUCUCCCUUUCCCUCUCUCUCUUUCAGCCGCUCUGUCUUCUUUAAUCCCAUUCUCUCUCUCUCUUUCACUCUGCCUCUUUCUCUCUCUCUAAGUGAUGAAAGUAAGAGUGCUAUAAGAAAACAGAGCGGUGUGCCUGGCCUUAUUCCAUUGGUGAAAUAGGAUUCGAUUAUUUGUCCUCUCCACUGUGUGUAGUAGGAGGCAACGUAACAAUGAGGCUCGGCCGCAGCCAGCUGCUCUCUAGUCUACACUGUAGUUCUCAUGUACUACAGGGAGAGCAAUCUGCCACUGUGUGUGUGUGUGAAUAGAUAACUGCCUACAGAUGCCAUAGGCACGUAUCUGGUAAUAAGGAGUUAUACAGAAUAGAUUGGAUGGUUGAUAAUAAGAGAGAGAUGCUUCAGGCUUCUUCUCUCUCUUUAUCUUUCACAACACACAAACACACACUGCUGAAUCAGGAAUUGAGUUACAGAAUUAAAAUGUAAUUUCCUGCUUUCUAAAUACAUUCUGUAUAUUGAAUUUCUUUCUUCUGUGCCCUUGCAGUGCGGGUCCAAAAGGAGACAACAUCUAUGAGUGGAGAUCUACCAUCCUGGGACCACCAGGCUCUGUGUACGAGGGAGGGGUCUUUUUCCUAGAUAUCGCCUUCACACCAGACUACCCCUUCAAACCACCCAAGGUACACACAUAUGCAUGCUCAGACACACGCGCGCACGCACACACACACUGUGUAUGCAUGCUAGACUAGUGCUUGCUCAGGAGCCCAUGUUGACUGAUUCUGUUUAUUUGUAUUUUUGAUUUGGGCCUUGGGUUAGGCUUUUAGGGCGUGAAAUACUAAACAUCUGCUUGGCACCGGCUAUUUUAGAGACAAAUGUUUACAAGUGUAUCAAUGGCUCCUCUGAAACACAAAUAGACAAGUACAUCUUUAUUAUUAGCGCAUAUUUAAGGAAGUUUCCCAUGUGUUCCGUUUAAAAAUAUAUAUAAAUAAUGAACACUGGGAUAUUCUGAAAAGAUAUCUGGCUUGAGAGCUGGAAGGUCUUGAAAUAACUUUGGACUAGGAGCAUAUUGCGCAACAAAACAUCGAUUUGAAUAGAAGAAAAUAACAACCUACUGAGAGAGAAAAUGGUGAAUAAAGUCCCUGGGCUCUGUUCACUGGCGUACCGGACACCCCUGCAAGGUGGGGGGGCCCACGAGCUCUGGGGUCCCAUGUGCCGGUCAUCGAUGUCUAUUAUUUUUUAAUUGAAUAAAUCAUUUUGACAGUAACCCUCCAAAAAGUCAUUCAUAAUCCUUUUGAAUUUCCACAUGUACUAAGCAGCUAAGUGUUUAUUGGACUUCAGGAAUGUGACAGAAAAAGUGAAAGAAAAAAAAUAUAUACUGAUUGAAAGUAUGAGGGGAUAUCAGUGAACAAAUGCCAUGGUCAAGGCUACGAUGGCGCCAGUGCAAUGAGUCGAGUUUCCUCAGGUGUUCAAAAGCGCAUAUCAGACUGAGAGCCUAAUGCUUCUUAGGUAGUUCUUUAUGAGUUUUAGUUUAGAAAACAAUCUCUACACAGAAGCGACAGUUACAGGGAUGGUAAAACCAGCUUGAUUGCUCUCAUUCUCCUUAAUUGCUGGCCUCAACAUGUUACAGAAAGAGAUGAACUGUAUAGGAAGCUCUGGGGAAAGGUCGUCUGAAGACUGGACAGCCAAUAAAUUGGCAGAUGCAAACAGAUUGUCAUUUUUAGCAGACAAGCUGUUUGCAAUUUCUUUCAUACUGGUGAACCAAUGUUUGAGUUGUGUGGUUGCAAUACCAACAGUCCCUUAUCUCUGGUAUAUCUUGGCAUGCAUCAUUCAAGACUAAGUUUAGAUUGUGUGCAGCGCAAUGGACAUACAGUAUAAUGCACAAUGUCUCAGGAAAGACUGUCUGGGUUGGCAAUACUCAGUAUAGAAAACAGUCAGGCCUGUAACCUGGACCUACAGGCCGUAGGGGCCCGGACUCCAACCUUGCAGAGGGGGUCCAGAGAAACUGCGUUAUGCCAGUGGCUCUGUUCAGUGUUAUUAUUUUAGAAAAUACUCAAUGCAGAUUAAUACAGUCUCUGAGCUCUGUUCAGUGUUAUUAUUGAGAAAAUACUCAAUGCAGGUGCGUUGGUUGGGGGUCGGCCCUGAGAGAGUUUAGUUUAGUGAUUGCCUCAGGAUGUGGGGCCUCUGUCUGUCUGUCGCUAUCUCUCAACUUCUUUCUUCUUCUCUCUCUCAUCGCUUAAUUCCCGUCUCCUCGCUUACUCCACUUACACUCACUCUACUCCUUCUUACUAACCUUCCUUCUCUCUCUCUCUCGCUUUCUCUCCUUACUCACUCUCUCUACUACCUUCUUCUUCUCUCCUCCUUCUCUCUCCUCUCCCCUCUCCUUUCUCCACUCUCCUCUACCUCUCUUCUCUCUCUCGCUUUCUCUCCCUUAACUCACUCUCUCUCUACCUUUCUUCUUCUCUCUCUCGCUUUCUCUCCCUUACUCACUCCUCUACAUUUCUCUUCUUUUCUCUCUCCUCACUCUCUCCUCUCACCUUCUCUACCUCUCUCUCUCUCUCUCGCUUUCUCUCCCUUACUCACUCUCUCUCUACCUUUCUUCUUCUCUCUCUCGCUUUCUCUCCCCUCUCCCUUACUCCCUUACUCCUCUCUCUCUCUCUCUCUACCUUCCUCUCUCUUUUCUUCUCUCUUCUCUCCUUACUCACUCUCUCUCUACCCUUCUUCUUCUCUCUCUGCCCUCUGCUGACUGAGGAUGAAAGGAACCAUAUCUGCUGAUCUGAGAGCCAGGCCUCCCGCUGGGUAGUUUUUACUGCCUGGCUGUACACAGGGCUGCAGACAGGCAGGCAGGCAGACAGAGAGGCAGGCAGACAGACACACAUUCCUAUGACUGCUAUCUGAGAACAGGGUACACAAACACCACAGACUAGAUUAGCAGAUCCCCUCCACACCUUGGGAUAGCCUGGGAGGUUUCCACAAGCAGGCCAGCAUGGUUAGUCACUGAUGAAGUUAUUGAGAGAGAGUGAGUCAGCUAGGGAGUGAGUGAGUAAGUGAGUCAGUGAAAGGGUGCGUCUCCAAUGUCACUCCCACUCUGAUCCCACCCCCCCCCAGAGGUCGGAGGUGGCUCCCUAAUGUUGUUUAGUCUCUUUUCUUCCUGUUAUUUUUCACUCCGCUUCUUCUGUGUUACUGGCACAAAGAGAUGCUCAGCUCCCCAAGGACAAGAAAGAGCACAUAAACCACAGGAUGUAUUGAUAUAGAUAUACUUUGUUGUUUCCUAGGUGACGUUCCGUACCAGGAUCUACCACUGUAACAUCAACAGUCAGGGUGUGAUCUGUUUGGACAUUCUGAAGGACAACUGGAGCCCCGCCCUCACCAUCUCCAAGGUGCUCCUUUCCAUCUGCUCCCUGCUCACUGACUGCAACCCUGGUGAGUGACACCCCAAUGAGAGAGUGAGUGAGAGAGUGAGAGAGUGAGAGAGUGAGAGAGUGAGAGAGUGAGAGAGUGAGAGAGAGAGAAUAUACCCUUCUCAUAAUCAGCCUGGUCUUUACUUCCCUGCCUCCCCACCCACUCUCCCUCCUCUCUUCCCCUCCCAUUCUCUCCCCUGAAGGUGUCUAUAUUCAUGCAGUAGUAGGGGUCUAGAGGAUCUAUGGGAUAUAGCUAAUUAAAGAAGGAGAGGGCAGAAUGAUAGCUAAUGAACCCUUGCAGACACAGUAAUUGUAUAAUUCCUGGCUUUCUGGGUUGGGGUGCCACAAGGAGACCCUGUACGGUGCUCUGCAGCUCUAGUGUUUUCACCCCCGAACUCAGCCUGGCUCCGCUGGGGCCCUGGCCCCACUGCUGCUCACCCAACCAGCACAUGGAGCUCGGCAGGGGGGCUGCCAUUUGAAUGAUUCUGAAUGUUGCACCCAUAGAAAUAGAAUUCAAGUCAAUGAUGGCAUAAUGGGUGGACUGGCAGCCAUUCGGAGUGUACCCAUACCAGGAAGUAAAAGCAGGAAGUGUACCCUUCAAUCUGUGCUGUGAUUUGUUGAGUCAACUCAACUGACAUUACAAAAAAUACAUUCCAUUGCAUGAGCCACAUCAGUUAGCAUCAUUUGAAUGAACAUUAAUAAUAAAUAAUAUAAUAAUAGUAUGCCAUUUAGCAGACGCUUUUAUCCGAAGCGACUUACAUUCUACAUUACCAUGGCAAUCCAGCAUCAGUUGAUAGAACAUUCCAAAAUACCAUGGAAAUUAUUGCAUCACAAUACCAGGCAGGCAUUGCGAGUGUACCUAAUGAGUUUACUAGUCAAAUUGCCAGGGUUAGAGCUUCCACGCCCGUCCUAUUCAUUCUAUUUCUAUGGUUGCACACCCCUGAAUACACCCCUGGUCAGUUUGUCACUGAUGUGCUGUAAAGGGAAUAUGUCUCUGUCAUCGUGCUUCACCCUCCUGUCCUGUAGUACUAGUCAAGCCUGCUGUGAACACUUGAUUCAGAUGAUGUCUAUAAACGUGUCUGCUAUAUAUAUAUAUGUCAUAAUUAUGGAGUGUCCUACUUGAGAUAAACAGGGCUUCACGACAUGGAAAAUUAUUCAUGUUUUUUUUCUCCAUUUGAGAUGUUAAAGGUGGUAAGGUAGUCUAUCAAAAUCACAGUUAAUGGAAGAAAAUAGUUUAUCUAAAUAGUUGGGGUAACAGUUUCUCUGACUGUAAACAAACACCCAAUGGAUAUGAUGGAAUGGAAUAUGAUUUAAUGGUGGUUAAAAGACUAUAAUCCAUGUUGUUCUCCCUCCUCACAGCUGACCCUCUGGUAGGAAGCAUCGCCACCCAGUACACAACCAACAGACCAGAGCACGACAGGAUAGCCAAACAGUGGACCAAGAGAUACGCCACAUAGACUGACA